AUGUCUCUCGCACCUUACUUCUUCGACUACGACCUGCCGCGUUGGCCUCGGCGUCUUUUUAACCAAAACUUUGGGCUGACUUUAUCACCUGAAGAUCUGUUUAGUGCAACAACCGCACCAAUAAGCCCUAUCGUACCGAGAUACCCGCUAUGGUGGUCAAAGGAUUCUGGUUCAUCCAUUAAAUUGGAUAAAGACAAGUGGCAAAUUAACGUGGAUGUCCAACAUUUUGCUCCAGACGAAAUUACUGUCAAAACCUCAAAUGGAUUCAUCGUAGUGGAGGGGAAACAUGAAGAAAAACAAGACGAACAUGGUUAUAUUUCGAGACAGUUUGUAAGGCGUUUUAAGAUCCCGGAAGAUACAAAUUCUGACGCAAUUGAGUCCAGAUUGUCUUCAGAUGGAGUUUUAACCGUUUUGGCAUUAAGGAAGGACAAUCUUAAGGGUGAAAGGAGUGUUCCUAUAACACAUACAGGGCCAGUGCGUAAAGAAGUCAAGGAAGAUUCGACCGAACAGAAAUCUGAAAAUGCGAAUGUCCUAUAUCAGGAAAUUGAACCCGAGAUUACCAACGUCUUGGGAAAAGAUUCAUCUUUUUUAAGCUCUGGCAGCAGUACUGCACUGAAACCAAACGUGAAUCCUGAAGCCACUGUCAGCAAACCUGAUACAACAGCAGCUGUCAAC